UAUAUCUGUGGUCAUAACAGAUGGCAUUACAAACACAUAAUACUGUUGUGAUUGACGUUUAUGUUUGUGAUAAAUGAAGACAUAAUCUGAUCCAUAAUGAGUUGGAAUCCAUUGAAGAAGUUAUCAAAAGGACAGUCACUGUCCGCUUCGCAAACGCUGACCAAUGAUAACAUGGAGACCAAUAUCUCAGCUCUCAAUCAAGCCGAAGCGACCACUAAGAAGUUGUACAAAAUAAACAAACGUUUUAGUGAUAGUAUUUUAGCGAUGAAUAGAUUUGAAAGCAUAAUGACUACUGAUUUGUCUAACUCUGUCUUAUGUCAAGAGGAGGAACAGCUCAGAUCGGUUAUUGAAGAGUGGCAUACAUUUACUAUAGAGUCGAUCAAAAAUGGCGAAGAGUUUGCCACAACUAUUCAGUCGACAGUUAUCGAGCCAUUGAAGCGAUGGCAAAGCGCUUUCAAUGAAGUCAGAGCUUGUCUUAAACGAUACGACCAAUUGAAGAAUGAUCUGAAUAAAUAUAAUUACAAGAAACAAAAGUAUACAGAAAAAGAAAAGACAUCACAAAACAUACUUAAAUUGAAUAACAUUUGCGAAUCUUUGACAACCACUCAAAAGGAGUACAAUUUGGAGACACAAGUCCUUAACCGAGAGAUUCCUGUUUUUAUCGAAAGUCGAAUCGAUUACUUUCAGCCAUCGCUGGCGGCACUCAUCAGAUCGGAAGCACAUUAUUGGGAGACAAAUGUCAGCUCUUUUAAAGAACACGACUCUAUGAUCACCGAUAGGAACAAUGACAGCAAAAGAAACGAUUAUUAUAAAAGACAAUCACAACGUUUAGAACAAAUUAAUUCACUUUCUAUUGUCGAUAACCAAUAAU